CAGAGGAAAGAUGGCAGCCGCGGCAGUGGCUGAGUUUCAGAGAGCACAGUCUCUUCUUGGGACAGACCGGAAUGCCUCUAUCGAUAUUUUACAUUCAAUAGUGAAGCGGGACAUCCAGGAGAGUGAUGAGGAGGCGGUGCGUGUUAAAGAGCAGAGCAUCCUGGAGCUGGGUGGGCUCCUGGCCAAGACGGGACAAGCUGCAGAGCUUGGGGGUCUGCUGAAAUAUGUGCGGCCCUUCCUCAACUCCAUCUCCAAGGCGAAAGCAGCCCGGCUGGUCCGCUCCCUGCUGGACUUGUUCCUGGACAUGGAGGCCGCCACGGGUCAGGAGGUGGAGCUCUGCCUGGAGUGCAUAGAGUGGGCCAAGGCGGAGAAGAGGACCUUCCUCAGACAGGCACUAGAGGCUCGUCUCAUCUCACUGUAUUUCGACACAAAGUGCUUCCAGGAGGCACUGCAACUUGAAUCCCAGUUGCUGCAGGAGCUGAAGAAGAUGGAUGACAAGGCUCUGCUGGUGGAGGUUCAACUGCUGGAGAGUAAGACGUACCACGCGCUCAGCAACCUGCCCAAGGCCCGCGCUGCCCUCACCUCCGCCAGGACAACCGCCAACGCCAUCUACUGCCCGCCCAAACUACAAGCAGCUUUAGACAUGCAGUCAGGGAUCAUUCACGCAGCAGAGGAGAAAGACUGGAAGACGGCGUACUCCUACUUCUACGAGGCCUUCGAGGGCUACGACUCCAUCGACAGCCCCCGAGCCAUCACGGUGCUCAAAUACAUGCUGCUCUGCAAAAUCAUGCUCAAAGCACCAGAGGAUGUUCAGGCCCUCACCAGUGGCAAGCUCGCUCUGCGGUACGCAGGGAGACAGACAGACUCUCUGAAAUGUGUGGCACUAGCCAGCAAGAACCGGUCGCUCGCAGACUUUGAAAAGGCACUAACAGAGUACAAAGCAGAGCUGAGGGAUGACCCCAUCAUCAGCACCCAUCUGACCAGUCUGUACGACAACCUGCUGGAGCAGAACCUCAUCAGAGUCAUUGAGCCUUUCUCCAGGGUUCAGAUGGCACACAUUUCCUCCCUCAUCAAACUCUCUAAGGGAGACGUAGAGAGGAAAUUAUCACAGAUGAUUCUGGACGAGAAGUUUCAUGGUAUUUUGGACCAAGGUGAAGGCGUGCUGAUCGUCUUCGAAGAGCCGGUGGUGGACAAGACGUACGAGGCGGCCCUGGAAACCAUUCAGAACAUGAGCAAAGUGGUGGACUCGCUCUACAACAAAGCCAAGAAGCUCACAUAAGGUAAAGAGCGAGAGCGUCGGUCCUCCUGUUCUGGAGCGACGGAGGGCCAGUCAGACCUCCAACUAUCGCUCACUUUCAACCUCGGGAGGGAAGAGGGGGGGAGGAGAGGACGAGGAGAUCACACGCAUACAAAAAGACAACACCUUAACAACCCAGCGAAAUAAACCAGCCGACCAACCUGCAGAAGACGACCCCACAACACGGAACAACUACGACUGACGGGGACGGACAAACGAACCAACAAAACCACCGCUCUCCUUCUCCUCAGUCCUCUCCCUCCAUCCUUCUGCUCUCCCUCCCCUCCUGUCACUAUCUCCUCCUUCCAAUCUGACUUGGGGUGGAUCUGACACAAAGUGCUCCUCCCUAUGGACAAAUCCAGGCACUGCGUCCCCCCCCCCUUCUUCCUCUCUUCUCUUCUAUCCACCACUGGUUUCUACUGUAUGUAAAAUUGGGACAAGCCUUCCCUUUUCCUUCCCCUCCUCUUUUUUUUUUUCUUCUCCUCCCCUUCCUCUGUUUCUCUCUGCGCUGGCCAUCAGGGAAUCUUGUAAAAUAACAAUAAAGAAAACAUAUACAGUACUUAUACAUACAUGUAUUAUUAAAAAAAAGAAGAAAGAAAAAGAGGGUAACCAAGGGGUGAAAGACGGAUUCUACCUGUUCUGUUCAAAUUUGCCAACUAGCCCUGACACUUAAAAAAAAAAAAUGUUUGAAUUUCCCUCGUUUUUCUGCGGUUGUGAAGAAAGAACAGAGGCUCGGUUAGCUGCCGGAAGAAUGGUUUAGGAGGGGAAAAAAAGCCCCCUGUCUUUUUUUUCCUUCUCUUUCACAUUCAUUCAUUCACUCAAGGCAUUCUGGGAUUUGUGGACCAUUACAGGGAAUUUUGCUCUUCUGUCCACGCGGGACCACGCCACAAGAAGAAGAAGAAAGAUGGAGGAGACGACAUCGUGUCCGACGUCUCCUACACCUUCCCACCCUCCCCUUCCCACCUCGCACUCCCACUUCCUGUUUGUAUAUAACAUUUGCCAAGCGCCCUCUGUUCAUUCCAAGGCCUGAUGUAAUUACACUGUCCCACCUCCACCUCCCCCCAUCCCUCCUUUUUUUAUAAUACAUAAGAACAGAGAGCUUGGUCAGUCACACACAAAGUGCUUUUGAUGCUCUUGUCUGAACACGACCAGAGAGAGAGAGAAGAGAGAGAACUCUGCAUUCUGAGAUGUGAUUGGCGGUUGUGCGGGGGUGGGGGGGGUUUGAUGGAGAAAAUCAAGCUGUAUAUUUCUGGGAACUUAAUUUUGCAAGGACUUUGAGGGUUUACCAUAUGUGACAUAUAGAAAGACAAAUGCUAAUAAAAAAAAUGAAACCUGCAA